AUGGGGGGUUGGGACUACUACUGUUUUCUCUGCUACGCUGGCUUCUUCAAUCCAGAAGACGAAGAAGACGAACCAGUCUCCGACGAGGAUGGCACCAAGACGCAACGAGAGCCAGAUCUGAAGAAACUUUUCCCGCGUGCCGACGUUUCCAGACGCCUGGAUUGGCUCUCGGACUUCAGAACGAUCGGCGUGAACCGCAAGGCGACUGGUGUCAAACAGUGCUACCUUUCUGGCAGAGCUUCUGUGGAGGAAUACGGCAGAGCCGUUAUUGAGCUCGGAGAUCAUCCCAAUGCUCUGUCUCUCGACCUGAGCUCGACCAACGGCGAGGUCACAUGCUAUCGCCAUGGAAGCCAGGAAGACGGAGAUCUACCCGUCCACGAGAGCUGCUUGACUGUGCUGUGUGAGGCCUUCGCGCAAGCUCGUGGUAUCAAGACGCGGUGGACUGCAGCUUGCCCGAGCACGACACUCCCGUUUGACCUAGAUACGUUGUUUGCCUGUCUGGCGCCCGCACGGCAGGACUACGGAAGUUGUUUGAACUUGGGACACGAGCUGCAGACCGAACAGUACUUCUUUAUCGAGUGGGAUGACGUUUAUUACUACUUCGACCCGCUAGAUUCCCGCCAUAUCACACCGAAAACCGAACAGAACAUCAAGCGUGAGAAUUCGCAUGCACAGCACUCAGCGGUCGGCGGGGCGAAUGGGCCACAAGGACGGACUGUGGACUGCUUCAGCAGGUUACCCGAAGAGCUAGUGAGAGCUACUCUACUCUACGUCCCUGCUGAAGACCUGGGCUCCCUUCUAUUAUCGUCCCGUCGGAUAUACGAAGUGACCGAAUCGAACAGUUUCUGGAGCGAACGCAUGAGGAUCGAUGCGCCUUGGUACUGGGAGAAAGCGGAGGUCCUCUCAUCGACUGCGGACCAUGAGAAGCACCGGGAGUACAUUGACGUCAUGAUGCAAGCUUUGAGACCCGUCGAAGUGGCAAAGCGCGGCGGACUUGUCUCCGGCCUCGCGAACCGACAACGAAUCUGGCAGGUGUCGCAGGAAGUUGUCAGACUGUACGAGCUGAUCAGUCCCCUCGCAGCAGAGUCAUCCACCACAGAAUCGUCAGUAUUCGAAGAGGGUGCCGUAUGUCGUUACUUUCCUCGCGUUGCAGACCAGGCGUCGACCGCUUUCAAGGCGGAUACCGUGUUCUUCUCCACGGUGCCGGACCAGCACUUGAGCAAAAGUAUCGAGCUCUAUUGGUCGAACGCAGGAGCACUGUGCGGACUGAGUAUUUCUGUAGGAGGCUCAACUUCAGUCUGCGGUGACUGCUCAGCAUCUGCCGGAACAAAGGAUACCCUUGCUCUUCCUGAUGAUGACUGGCUCGAGAAGCUUGUCCUCGACGUCUCAAGCUCGCCGAAGACUUAUGAACAGAAUGGCGUGACGAGGACCAAAUACGACCACUUCGUCAGUGGCAUCACCUGCUAUACAUUGUCCGGAGAGCAACAUCAAUUUGGACGAACGGAUGGCAACAAACGGCUACUUGAGCCUCUCCAAGGCAAGGGUAUUGUCGGCUUGAGGACCGAGCUUGCGGACGGAAUAAUCACACGCUUCGGAAUCCUGGAACACGUUGACGGCCUCACGAAACACCGCGCCGCCAACGACCAGAAAAGGCUCGAUUUGCUUUGGAGAGGUAAUCUGCCUCCCCAGCAUCUGCGCUUCAGCGACUUCCAAACGGGCUACUGGUCCUUUGAUACUGUGUGGGAUCUCGCCCCCAUGGAGCAGCUCAUGUUUGGAACCACCGAAAUGGAGUUGGCGACAGUAACGGGGUUUGGCGCUUCAACAGACUGUCGAUGCUUCGAAGUUUACCGCAACGAUGGCUCCAAGCAGCGUAUUGGCACUGCUGGAGGGCCGAUGAAAGUGAUGCGUAUAGAUGGUCCAGGCGGCGAGCGCAUCGGUGGUUUCCGGCUCGUCGUUGGCGCUUUACCGGUGGGAAUUACCAUUAUCACCACCCGUGGUCGCCAAAGUACCUUUGGCAAAUCCCGCGACAACACGAGCUCUGUGUACAGACCCGAUCAUGGCUUUGGCGUGGCAGGGAUCUACUGCAGCUUUGAGUAUGACUCGACACCGUCCAGACAGAUGAGCUCACUCAGUCUCAUCCAGUCGCCAGACAUUGGCGCACCAGGUGCAGAUCCGAGAGUCCACCUGGACGAGAGCGGUCUUGCCUGGGAGCCACGACCUCCCUCACCUUCCUGGCACGACAGUGGACCAGUCUACGGGAUGAAGCAUCCCAGAGGCGCCGUGGUCGUUGCUCUCGACUUCUCGCGCCCGGUGACCAGGAUCCAAGGGCUGCUUCCCGCACCGGAGUGGCUCAGUAUCAUCGAGCUUGGAGGGUGGACGAUCGAUUUCGGUGACGACUGUCAUCUAGAGCAAUCAUCGACUUUUGGCAUGACCUCUGAAGUAUGGCCCAACCACCCCAAUGCAACCGCCGAAGAGUUUCAGGCGAUGAAACGGUUCGACAGGAUGGCUAUGGGCGGACGGGAAGUCGACUCAGUUCCGCCACUCGCGCACGUCAGAACUGAUGCUGAAGCACUUGCGCAGCCUCGUACCUGGGAGCUCAGUCCCGGCGACGAGAGGUUGACGAGCGUUACGGUGUGGGCCGGCGAUUAUCUGCACGGCAUACAAUUCCACUCCGAAAGCGGCAAGAGCAGCCCUCGCUGGGGCAAGUGCGGAGGCCAGCCUGCUGCGCACAUACGUGCUGGUGGCGAUACUGAGCUUAUCGUAGGUCUCAAAGUGAUACUGGGCACACAUCGUCUCGGGCGCACUGCUUGUUGUGACGUGCCGCUUGGCGUACAGGCGAUGAGUAAGGUACUGUAG